CCCCUGGCGGGAGUAGUGACGGGGCGGGGCUAUAGGCUGCGCGCCGCGCGCUGUCCCAGGUCGGAAACCAGAGCCGCAGGCAGCGAGAAGCGCAUCGCCUGGCAGGGAUGCUGCGGGCGGGAGCACCAACCGGGGACUUACCCUGGGCAGAAGUCCACACCGGGACGACCAUCAUGGCAGUGGAGUUUGACGGAGGUGUAGUGAUGGGCUCUGACUCCCGGGUGUCUGCAGGAGAGGCGGUGGUGAACCGAGUGUUUGACAAGCUGUCCCCUCUCCACCAGCGCAUCUUCUGUGCACUCUCUGGUUCAGCAGCUGAUGCCCAAGCCGUGGCCGACAUGGCCGCCUACCAGCUGGAGCUCCAUGGGCUGGAACUGGAAGAAGCCCCGCUUGUUCUGGCUGCUGCAACAGUGGUGAGAAACAUCACCUACAAAUACCGGGAAGACUUGUCUGCACAUCUCAUGGUAGCUGGCUGGGACGAGCGUGAAGGGGGCCAGGUAUAUGGAACCCUGGGAGGAAUGCUGACCCGACAGCCCUUUGCCAUUGGUGGCUCCGGCAGCACCUAUAUCUACGGUUAUGUGGACGCAGCAUAUAAACCAGGCAUGUCCCCUGAGGAGUGCAGGCGCUUCACUACAGACGCUAUUGCUCUGGCCAUGAGCCGGGAUGGUUCUAGCGGAGGUGUCAUCUACCUGGUCACCAUUACAGCUGCUGGUGUGGACCAUCGAGUCAUCUUGGGCAAUGAGCUGCCAAAAUUCUAUGAUGAGUGAAUCUUCCUCAGACGUCCCUCUCUUAUUUUAUAAUAAAUGUUCUAGGAUCAGAA